AGGCUAGUGGCUUGAGUGUAGAAAGCGAAGCGUGCAUCAGAUUGGAGCACAGCCCCUGUUCAGUACAGAGUGAGCAGUUUAGGAUGCAGCCUUUCUUUUGACGUUGAAUACGGAAGUGAAGUCCUGCUUCAGUGUUUUUCCUGCUUCAUUCCUGACAGGUGAAAGCGUCUUCAUCAACAGGUGACAAACAUGACAGAACCCAGCAAGCACGACAUUUCUGCCAUCUUCAAGCGACUACGAGCCAUUCCUACGAAUAAGGCCUGUUUUGACUGCUCUGCGAAGAACCCAAGCUGGGCCAGCAUCACCUAUGGUGUGUUCCUGUGUAUUGACUGCUCGGGAACACACCGUUCUCUAGGAGUGCAUCUGUCCUUUAUCAGAUCUACUGAACUGGAUUCCAACUGGUCCUGGUUUCAGCUGCGUUGCAUGCAAGUUGGAGGGAAUGCCAGCGCUUCUGCCUUUUUUAACCAGCAUGGUUGCACUGCCAGUGAAACCAAUGCCAAAUAUAACAGCCGUGCAGCCCAGCUCUAUAGAGAGAAGAUCAAGACUUUGGCUGCCCAGGCCACCAGACAGCAUGGCACUGAGCUCUGGCUAGACAGUCAGGGUCCUCUCUCCCCUACAUCUCCUGGGGACAAGCAGGUCGACUUCUUCAGCCAGCACACGCAGAAUGAUGGAAGCUCCUUUCAGCAAAAUCUUAAUCAACCACAGGAAAUGACUUUGCAAGACAAAAAUAAUAAUGACAAUCAAGAAGGCCCUUCCACUGAGCUUCUCAGUGCUUCUCCAAAAGCUGUUCUAGAGCCUUCUCUAAUCAAAAAGAAGCCUGCAGCAGCCAAAAAAACGCUGGGUGCUAAAAAAGGAGGUCUGGGGGCUCAGAAAGUAAGCAGCCAGAGUUUCUCAGUGCAGGAGAAGAGAGCUCAGGCUGUGGACAAACUACGUGAAGAGUCAGCCACUGAGAAGAGUACCAAGCCUGAAGAGCCAGUUGUGACAUCUCUGAGGCUGGCCUAUCAGGAUCUGGAGCUCCAGAGAAAGAGGGAUGAGGAGAAGAUGCGAGGGCUCGAGGGCAAGAAGAAGGAGCAGGCAGAGAGGCUGGGGAUGGGUUUCUCCAGCAGGAGUGGAGUGUCUCACUCUGUCCUGGCUGACAUGCAGACGAUUCAGCAGGAGACUCCGACUUUGGCCCAGUCUUCCUCUCGUUCCAGGAAGUACAGCGAGGAUGAUGAGGAGGAAGAGGGAUAUUUCUUCAUCAGAACCUCCUCCAAGUUUACUAAUGAUGAGCCCCAGUCAUCUGACCAGUUCUUCUCCCAGUGGGAGGACAUCAAGAAGAAAGAAAGCAAGAAACCAGAGCCUGAUAUUUAUUUGAGCUCCAAGACAUCAUCAUUUGAAGACAGGACUACGGCGAGGAGAAAAGCAGAGCCCGGGCCGUUACCUGUCUCUGAUGAUGCCCAGAAGAAAUUUGGUGGUGCAAAAGCCAUCUCCUCUGACAUGUUCUUUGGUAAACAAGACAACUCUGAGUAUGAAGCAAGGACUCGACUGGAGCGUUUCUCCAGCAGCUCAGCCAUUAGUUCAGCAGAUCUGUUUGACGAGCAGAAGAAACAGACAGGCAGUUCAUACAGCCUGAGCAGCGUGCUGCCCAGUGCUCCGGAUAUGACCCAGCUGAAGAUGGGGGUCCGCACUGUGGCUGGCAAACUGUCUGUCAUGGCCAGUGGAGUGGUUUCAACUAUACAGGAUCGCUACAGCACAUGAGCAUAUAGAGUAUAGGGAAGGAUUCAGGAGGACUCCUUAAGACAGCCUCUCAGCAUAAAGGAGAGAAACUGUAUGCCUGUGUGUGUAGGUCCCAAAUGCAUUACAAUCAGAUAUAAUGCAUAUAUGUAGCUUCAUUGAAUAGAUAUGUAGAUGGUCAAUUACACAUAGAGUUAAACCCCCGGCUGUUGGGAACUGAAGUGAAGGGCAACUCGAAUAGCUUCUGGGGGUUUCCCCUAUAAAAUUGACAUUGGGUUUGUGGGCACUUUUUGUUAAAUGAUAAAAAGCUUAUAUAUAUAUAUAUAUAUAUAUAUAUAUAUGCCUUGCUUUUUGUAAAUAUCUGUGCAUUGUUUACAUUUUGCUUUUGAAACUGUUACAUAUGGAUUAUGCCAGAUUGAUUUCAUUUUUAAAAAGUAUGCUGAUCAGAAUGGAUCUUGGGUUUGAACAGCUUUAUUUUUGUAGGUGUUCUUAUAUCUGUGGAUCAUAGAGAGAAACACAGUGCUAAAUAUGAUUGGAUGUACUAUAUGUUAUAUGUGCCUUCUGUUAGUUGGCACUGUGGGGUUUAUGCCAUUUAUUUACACAAACAUUGAGUUAACAGGCACCUUAUGAUCCAAUAUUUGAUGUCUAUUUAUGGGUGUGAGACAGAGGAGCCCAACUGUGGUCCUGCAUGUCUGUACUCACGAGUUUAGUGAUUUGCUUGCUUUAAAGCACCUACUAAACUUGGUCCUGGUCCUGAACCGAAGACCCGAAUCCACUCUCAAACCUGCAGGACCAGAGUUGGGUUCUCUGUAUAUGGAUUCAUUUUGAUUUAAGGUGAUACAAAUUGACAUAUUAGAGGCUGUUCACACCUGGUCGUUUCCUGCAUUUUGUAUAUGGAUUAUAACUACAUGCAUUUACACAUUGCCAGAUUUACAGUUAUCCAGUUUGCAGUGUCUACCAACUUCAUGUGUCAUUGCUUAGUUUUAGUUCUUUCACCCAAAAGAUAUCUGCUUGAAAAUCGUAAUUUUGCAUGCUUUUUUAUUUCCUUAACAGCCCCAAAUUUGGCAAUUAUUGACCACUUGUGUUAUGAUGUAUGAGAAAUGUAAUGUAAUGUAUUAGAAAGGGUUAGGAAGGUGCAUUUACAAUUGCAUAAUAUCUAUACAAUCUAUCUUAAAUGCAUCUCAUACUUUAAGGUAUGGUUUGAGUGAUCAGAUUUGAAUCUGAGUUAAAUGUAUCUUAGGUGCAUUAACAUUUUCAUUUGCAUGUAGUUAAUACAAAUCGGGAAUAUAGUUCUGAACCUUCAGAUGCGUGAAAUGACCAAGUGUAAAUAGGCUCUCAGAUUAUUCAUGUCAACUGCCUGUUUUUUGAAGUUGGAGAAUGUUUCUGUUUAUGUUUGCUUCACUAUCUUUUGUUUAUACUGAUAGAUUCAGCCAUUAGUUUGCAUGGGCUUUUGAUUUGUAAGCUACUUUAUGCACUACAAAUGAUCAAGAAUGGUAAAAGGCUAAAUUGUAUACACGUUAUGCUGAAGAAAUCUUAAAUACAGUGAAUGCUGCAUAGAAAACACAAUUUCUUCUAAGAAGAAAGACUGAAAAAUGUGUGGAAGAUAUAAUUUAGAAGCAAUUUGUAGCUUUAUGCUUUACCCAAAGUAAGCUGGCAAACAGCAUUUGCACUACAUAGGGAGAACAUUUGUUCAUAGAGUGCAAAGACUAUUCAUGCCAUUGCAAUUAUAAUAAUGGAAUAUUUGAAUUUUGCUUUGAUCAAUAAAACUUUACUUUUUGUGCAAA